AAAUAUAACAGAAAAAUGACAAAAGCAUGUUUUUAAAAUGAUAAAAGCAUGAUGUAUAUAUUGAACUUCAAUGAUAUUUCUUCUAAGUGAUAGUGUAUAACAAACUGUGCCCUUAAUACGCGUGCGUAUGAAAGUGCAUGUGUGGUGCGGAAACAACCCUCAACAUUUUCUACUUCCGGGUCGUAUGUUCUCAUGCUAGCAGCAUGGCGGCCAAAAACAAGUUCGGGAAAAAAUCGAAGGGUGGUAAAAAGUGGAGAAGCCAGCACGAAGAGAACAUAAUGGAGGAGGAGGAGGAGGACUGCGACGUAGAGGACAAUAAUACAAACAUGGGAGACGGUCGAUGCAAGGUGGAGGAGGACGGGUUCAGUCUCAAGGAUGUUCUGUGGCUCGGUGGCACUCAGGCCGACUUCAUGCUCCUGUCCAACUUGAACGCGUCCGUUGACAUGGUGGACGGAGGGAAGAAAGGUACCAUAGAUGACCUGGAGGAAGGAGAACUAGAAAAGUUCAUCACUAAAUUGGGCCUUCCAGAGCUUUCCCACCUAAAUGUCGUCGCAGAUGAGAAGGAUGAAGAAGCAAUUCCUAAGAAGGAGCUUCCAAAGUCCAAAAAAGAGAAACCUGCAGAGGAAAAGGCUUCCAAGCCGCAGCAGAAGCGUCCUAAGGUGGAGAAGAAGGAGAAGACGCCGAAAGGAGCGGCGGCUGCUACGUCUGGGAAACGUGACAAACAAAACGUGUAUGAAUUCCGUCAGAGGAACGUCCUGCUGCUGAAACCCGGAGGCAAAUGGUUUGACUUGGAAUACAGCGCCGAGGGCUCCAACGUCCCGCAGGAUCCCGCUGUGGUUUCGUCCUACAAGGCGCUGGCCCAGCGCCUGUACGAGGCCGACGUGGAGAUGUACAAGAACAAGAAGAACCUGCAGAAAGGAGCCAACUCUGCCUGGAUGAAGACGGUGGUGUCUGCCGGCGUUCUGGCCGACAGGAUGGCGGCGAUGACGGUUCUGAUCCAAGACGCGCCGGUGCACAUGCUUGAGCACGUUGCCAGCCUGGUGUCCAUGAUGAAGAAGAAGGGCAACAGGCGGAUGAGCCUGAUGGCGGUGGACACGCUGCGGGAGUUGUUCCUGUCCAACCUGCUGCCAGGAAACAGGAAGCUACGAGCUUUCGACCAGCACCCGUUCGACAAGCUGGAGGAGCUGGCGAGCGGCAACCGCGACACCCGCGACCGCCGCCUGCUCCUCUGGUAUUUUGAGCACCACCUGAAGCACCACGUGGCACAGUUUGUAGUGUUGCUGGACGAGUUGGCUCAUGACACGGUGACGGCCACCAAGUCCAAGGCGCUGGCAACCGCGUACGAGCUGCUGUGCCAGUUUCCAGAGCAGGAGCGGGCGCUGCUUAUCCAACUCGUCAACAAGUUGGGAGACCCCGAGUACAAAAUGGCAGCCAAGGCCUCCCACCUGCUGGAGACUUUAUUACACCGGCACCCCAACAUGAAGGUGGUGGUCUGCUGCGAGGUGGAGCGCCUCAUGUUCCGGGCCAACAUUAGUCCCAAAGCGCAGUACUACGCCGUGUGUUUCCUCAGCCAAGUGCACCUGAGUCACGACGAGGAAGCGCUGGCCGCCAAACUGAUCGCUGUCUACUUCUCCUUCUUCCGAGCCUGCAUCAACAAGAAGGACGUUGAGACCAAGAUGCUCAGUGCGCUGCUGUCGGGCGUCAACCGGGCGUACCCGUACGCCGGCACCGGAGACGAGAAGGUGAAGGAGCAGAUGGACACGCUGUUCAAGGUGGUGCAUCUGGUCAAGUUCAACACGGCCGUGCAGGCGCUCAUGCUGCUCUUCCAGGUCAUGGACGCCCAGCAGAGCAUCUCGGACCGCUACUACGUGGCCUUGUACAGGAAGCUCCUGGACGCGGGUUUGUCCACGUCUUCCCGUCAAAACAUGUUCCUCAACCUGGUGUACAAAUCCCUGAAAGCCGACACAGUGCUGCGUCGCAUCAAAGCGUUCGUCAAGCGUCUGCUCCAAGUCAGCGCCGAGCAAGGUGCCACCUUCGCCUGCGGCGCCCUCUUCCUGGUCUCCGAGGUCAUGCGGGCCAAGCCGGGACUCAAGACAUUGCUGCAGGAGGAAGGAGAUGCGGAAGAGGCAUUCAAAGACCUUCCCGAGGAAAAGGAGGAUGACGAUGAUGAAGAGGAGCACUUCACCGACGCCGACAAGGUGGAGGAAGGGGCGGCAACGGUGCAGGUGUCGAAACCUGUGGCAUCGUGGGUACAUCAUCAGAACCUGGAAGGCCAUAAACAAGUGCAUACGUACGACCCGCUGCACAGGAAUCCAUUAUUCUGUGGCGCAGACCACGCUGCAUUGUGGGAACUCCACAGAUUGUCGCUGCACUUUCACCCGUCAGUUUCGUUUUUUGCAAAAACGCUUCUCCAGGACGACUUUAUCCAGUACUCGGGAGACCCGCUGCAGGACUUCACCCUCAUGCGCUUCCUCGACAGAUUUGUCUUCAGAAACCCCAAACAGACAAAGGGCAAACAAAACACAGACACGUCAGUGCUGCAGCCCAAAAAGAGAUUAAAUGGCAUUUUCCUACCAGUGAACAGUGAAGAGUUUCUGUGCAAAGAAGAAAGUCAGAUUCCUGUGGAUGAAAUCUUCUUUUAUCGCUUCUUCAAGAAGCGUCAGGAGGAGAAGGCCCUUCUCCGGCCCAGAGUGGAGGACGACAACGAGAGCGUGGAGGACGUGGACGACGACGAGUUUGAGAAGGUCCUCGACUCAUGUGAAGCAGACUCAUACUUCACCGACUUCCCAGAUGAAGACUUGGACUUUGCCGGGAACAUGAAAGGCGGCAAAAGGAAAAAAGGCGCCAAGGACGCCGACUCUGACUCAGACUCAAACUUGGACCUGGAUGACGAGGAGGUGUCGCUGGGCAGCAUGGACGAGGAAGACUUUGAACAAGACGGAGACGACCAGGGAGGAAUCUUCAUGGAUCCUGACGGAAACGACGAAGACAUUCCAGAGCUUGAAGACCACGAUGAUGAAGAUGUUGACUUUGACGACGAAGAUGACGUCCCAGAAGUGACGCCGCCUUCCAAGAAAGUCAAAAGGAAGUCGACGGAGGCGCUCGACUCCCCGCAAGCUUUUGGCUCCAAAGCAGGAAAGAAGAAAAAGAAAGGAGUAAAAGAUAGAGGCAUUUUUGCGGCGGCUGAAGAGUUUGGAUGCAUGCUGGACAACAACGCCGGGGCCAAGUUUGACAACGUCGGACUUAAUGCCAUGGCCAAUACCGACAAAGCAGGUGUGAAGCAGCUGAAGUGGGAGAGCCAACGCGACGACUGGAUCCAUGACCGCGACGCCAAGACGCUGCGCAGGAAGAAGUCCAUGUUCAACAAGAAGAAGCAGUUUGGACGGGGGAAGAUAUUCACGACGGCGGCGAGGGGGAACAACAAGAGGAAGAGGAAGUAG